AUGUUCAUAUUUGAACUGGGGAUCUAUCUAUCUAUCUAUCUAUCUAUCUAUCUAUCUAUCUAUCUAUCUAUCUAUUAUAUACCUAAAUCUAUCUAUCUAUCUAUCUAUCUAUCUAUCUAUCUAUCUAUCUAUCUAUCUGUUAUAUACCCCUGUUCAUAUCCUCUCUCUCUAUCUAUCCAUCUAGCUAUCCUAGCCUGUUCAUAUCCUCUACCUAUCUAUCCAACUAUCUUUCUCUCUCUCUCUCUCUCUCUCUAUAUAUAUAUAUAUAUAUAUAUAUAUAUAUAUAUAUAUAUAUAUAUAUAUACUGAUGAUAUCUAUCUAUCUAUCAAUAUAUCUAUCUAUCUAUCUAUCUGUCUGUCUGUUUAUCUAUCUAUCUAUCUAUCUAUCUAUCUAUCUAUCUAUCUAUCUAUCUAUCUUAGCCUGUUCAUAUCCCUCUCUCUCUCUCUCUCUCUCUAUCUAUCUAUCUAUCUAUCUAUCCAUCCAUUUCUCUUGACAUUUUUUAUAUAUAUGAACAUGUUAUAUACUGAUCAUAUCUAUCUAUCUUCAUCUAUCUAUCUAUCUAUCUAUCUAUCUAUCUAUCUAUCUAUCUAUCUAUCUAUCUAA